CAGAGCGGAGACGGCGAGGCAAACCGGCGAACACAUGGCGGCCAUGGCCAUCGACCGCGACCACGGCCCCGCCUCGUCGCCAGCGCCGCCCGCGAGGCUCCCCGCGCCGCCGUACCACCACUCCCCCGCCGCGACGGGGGAGGAGGAAGUGGCGACGCCGCCGCGGAAGUCGGCGGCGGGGCAGAGGUCGUCGCCCAUGCCGUCGCCGCUGCAGUUGUCCGGGUGCUCGCUGCAAGAGCUUCUCCUGAUGUCCCCCCCGCCGCCCGGGUCGCGGCGGAACCGGUCGAGGCAGCGGGGCGGGGCCGGGGCUGGGCUGGACGAGAGCCUGGAGAUGGUGGCCGCGGCGGCGGGGACGCCGCCCAGGCGGAGGAGGCGCGCGGGCGGGGAGCAGUGCGCGGCGCCCGCGGUGGCGUCGCCGAGGAACGGGCGGAGGGCGAGGCGGAGGGUGGAGAAGGAGAUCGAGGUUGAGGACGACGCCGCGCGGAGGGCCCGCAGGAGGAAGUCCACCAGGGCGGCGCCCAAGGCAGCACCUGCGGCUGCGGAGAAGGCGGCGGCGGCGGAUAAGGAGGACAAGAGCAUGGCCUUGGUGCUGGCUAGCACCGAUGCUAUACGAGGUGCUGAUGCUUUGGAGCAGUCUGGGUGGGAAGAUCUCUGGGAAAGGGUCGUCGAGUUGGUGAUGUGGAAGAACGUGGCGAAAUCGGCACUCUGGUUCGGGUUGGGAUCUAUGUUCUUCUUCUCCUGCUCCUUUUCAAGGGAGGUCACCUUCAGCCCGAUCUCGGUACUUUGUCAAAUGGGUGUGAUAGUCUUGGGAUUAGCCUUCAUCAAAGAUUCUGUUCAUCAGAAGUAUGACAGGCAGCAGGUGGAGAGGGGGAGGAGCUUCCGAUUGACUGAAGAGGAUGUGCUUCGUGCUGCCCGAGCUGUGUUGCCAGUUGCUAACUCCAUGAUAUCUACCGCACAAGUUAUCUUCUCUGGCGACCCUUCAAUGACUCUCAAAGCACUACCUAUUCUUCUGUUUGGUGCUAAAUACGGUAGUCUGGUUACAGUAUGGAGAUUUCUGGCCACAGGGUUUUUCACCAGUUUUGCAAUCCCAAAGCUUUAUAGCUGCUAUUCAAGUCAAAUUCAUAAGAGAGUUGAGGUUUUGAGAGAUCAGGCUCUAGAAGCAUGGAAGUCUUGCCCCCGCAAGAAACUCGUUGCUGGUACAGCAGUGACAAUGUGCUGGAACUUGUUCAGCGUGAAGACACGCAUCAUUGCAGCCUUCAUUUCAAUAGUGAUCCUGCGUUAUAAUCAGAAAUAUCGCAAAGCUUUCAUGAACACAGAGCAUGAAAGCUGCCCGGACGAACAAGGGCAGAAAAUGGAGAUCGAAGACUAAAUAAUUUGCCAUGUCAGCUUUUGCUCACCUGAAGAAGCAUGUGGUGUUUCUGGCGUGUUACGAAGAGAAACCAGUGUUUGGGUUCCACAUCUAGUGGUUCUGGUUUAUGAAGUAGUACUUCUGUUUUUCUGGAAGGGAUUUUACUAUCUUCGAUGAUUGGCUGUGUGUUAAAAAUAUGUCAGGUCUAACGGAUGCUUCUACUGUAGCAGAGCGCCAGGACACUGCUGUUUUAUGUUGACAACUCUGAUCCACACUAGUAGUAAAUAAAUGUCAUGUAUCUCUGGUUUUGCAUGGAGUGCAUUUUGCUAAUGUAGUCGUGUGGUUGCUGAAA